AUGGCAGAUCAGACAACAGAAAAGCUCAAGCUGAAACGGGAGCUGGGCUUGCUGCGUGCUGUAUCGCUGGUCAUCGGAACCAUGAUUGGCUCGGGGAUCUUCAUCUCGCCUCAGUAUAUAGUGCAGGAAGUCCGAAGCCCGGGGGCCAGCCUGGUUAUCUGGGCAGUGGGUGGCCUGGUGGCCCUGCUGGCGGCUCUCUCCUUUGCUGAGCUUGGGACCAUAAUCAGGGAGUCUGGUGGGGAAUUCAUCUAUGUGCUGCGGAUCUACGGCAAGCUGCCGGCCUUUUUUGUGGCAUUCACCUUCCUAGUCGUAGUGAAACCUAUGGGUGGAGCGGCGAGCUCCCUGAGCUUUGCCAAGUAUGUGUUGGCUCCUCUAUACCCUGAAUGCCCCCCACCUGAUGUGCCUCUUAAAUGUACUGCUGUAGUGGUUUUACUGUUGGUGGCUAUAGUCAACAUUCUCAGCGUACACCUCAGCAUGUCCAUCCAGGUGUUUUUUGUAGUGGCCAAGCUGGUGGGGCUCCUGGUCAUAGUGUUCGGGGGGUUUGUGACGCUGGCAAACGGACACGUCGGAAGCUUGCAGAAUGCCUUUGAGGGAACUGUGCUAGGGGUCAGUGAUAUAGGAAUUGCAUUGUACCAAGGACUGUGGUGCUAUGCUGGGUGGUACAACCUGAACUAUGUGACCGAGGAGCUGAAACGACCUGAGGUGAAUCUCCCUCGAGCUUUGCUGAUCGCCAUACCCACGGUCACCGUGCUCUAUCUGCUGGUCAACGUGAGCUACCUGACAGCCAUGACACCCAGGGAGCUGAUGUCCUCCACCGCAGUAGCUGUAACCUGGGGGAACAAAGUGCUGGGCAGCUGGGGGUGGUUGAUGUCCAUAGCUGCAGCCCUCUCCGCAUUCGGGUCCCUAAACGGCUCGUUCUUCAGCGGGGGGCGGCUGUGCUUUGUGGCCGCCCGGGAGGGUCACAUGCCUGACAUCCUGGCCAUGGCCCAUGUCCAUCGGUUGACCCCUUUGCCCGCACUAACCUUCAAGACGGUCCUCGCACUGGUGGUGCUGAUCCCAGGCGACUUCGAGAGCAUCAUUAACUACUUCAGCUUUACUGCUUGGUUCUUCUACGGAAUUACGGUGUCCGGUCUUCUUUACCUUAAAAUCAAGAAACCAGAAAUGCGCGGCUCGUACAAGACGCCUAUUUUCGUCCCCAUCCUGGUUAUCAUUGCUGCUGUGUUUCUCGUGCUGGCGCCCAUCAUCGACCAGCCCAAGAUCGAGUACCUGUACGUGACGCUCUUCAUCCUCAGUGGCAGCAUCAUCUACGUGCCCUUCAUACACUACAAGCUGUGCCCUGGCUUCCUGGAUAAGGUCACCAUGUUCCUGCAGCUCUUCCUCGAAGUGGCUCCAGCGGACAAGAACCUGUAGGACACGUCUAGGCUGGAUCCUCUGCUACAGCUGCCUAGCAGUUGACUCCAUUAAUACAAAAUACAUUGUUAGAAAAGUAG